GCUGUUACCGGAAGUAGUUCUGGGACAGUUUUGACAGUUUCUUUGGCUAUAGAAGCACAGCACGUUACUGUUUAUGUUUUGGCGGUGUUUUAUUCUCUCUCGGUUUGGUCGAGUAUUUAUAUCUCUGCUCUGAGAGGCUGUAAGUCCUGCAGUGUGUUUUUAUAAAGACAGGCUUCCAGCCAUGUCUGCCGUGGUGGAUCUGAAGACGAAGGAGGAGAAAGAUGCAGAACUGGACAGACGUAUUGAAGCUCUGCGGAAGAAAAAUGAGGCUUUAAUGAAAAGACAUCAGGAAAUAGAAGAGGACAAAAAGAAGGCAGAGCAGGAGGGUAUUGCUGUGAUGACACACCGUAAACCCCGUGCUCAUGAGCCUGAUUCAGACCGGAGGAAGAUUGAAAAGGAGAACCUAACUGUGACAGUCGACCUGUCUAAACCCAGUGGGGAAAGUCGAGUGGUGAAUGAUAGGCAAUCAGCACCACACCAUGGUGAUCGUGAAACAGAAGAGGGGUUUGCUGGACGUCCCUCACAUAGAACAGGAUCUGGGCGGCUGAGCAGAGGUGGUCAGCGUGGAGGUGGUCACCGCUCUGACAGGAGAGAACCACGGGAAGGGGAAGGAGGAGGAGAGGGCCCUUCCCACAGUGAACGCUCCCGAGGACGCCGGGGAGGAAGAGGAGGAAGAGGAAGCAUGCAGCAGGGUGGCUCUGGGGCAGACAGAAAAUCAAAGGAAUGGGAAGAGAAGAGACGGCAGAACAUCGAGAAGAUGAACGAGGAGAUGGAGAAGAUUGCGGAGUAUGAGAGAGGUCAAAGGACUGAUGGUGAAAAGAACCCCAUCCGGAACUUUUUGGAUGAUCCACGCCGCAGUGGGCCAAUUCCUGAGACAGAUCGUAAAGAGGGCAGCCGCAGACACGUUCGCAACUGGGGUGGACUGGAUUUUGAAAAUGUUAAGACUGGAGCUGAGGCAGAGAAAGAAUGGACGAGCCGGAGGCCUGCAGGAAAAAGCUCCGUGGAUAUGACUUUGUCGAUGACAGGCAGAGAACGGGCUGAGUAUCUUCGCUGGAAAAAGGAGCGUGCUCAGAUCGAUGAGGAGAGGUUGGCUCGUCAUCGUAACGCCACUGGUCAGUGGAGACGAGAAUGGGAUGCCCAGAAAACAGACACAAUGUUCACUGAGGACCCAGCUGUGGCUGGAGAGGGCAUGCCAGAACAGAGCAGCAGGAGAGCAGAUAGGGGGCGUAAUGCCCGUACACAGCAACGCAGUGGGGCUUCAGAUGAUGGCAGAAAACCUCCCAAGACACCCACAUUUGGAGAUUUCUUAGGGCAGGGCAAAGUCAGAGAAGAGGGCCGUAGAAGUCGAGGAAGAGGGAAAGGACGGGGUCAAGGCAAGAGUUACAGCAUGCACGAUAACCGGUGGGAAGCAGAGAAAGAGGAGGAGAAGGGGAAAGAGGAGGAAAAAGGGAAAAGGGAGGAACAGGAAAAAGAGAGAACCAAGGAAGAGGAUAAGCCCAAAGCUCCAUUAGAAAAGAAGCUGAAUGCUGGAGAGAAAUCAGUUGCUGAAGAUGAUGAUGAUGAUGAUUGGGAGGAUACCAGUGAUGGGGAUGAAGAUGAGGAGGUGGAAGAGUGCGAGGAUAAAGAGGUUUCUCUGAAAGAGUCUAAACCUGUUGAGAAGGUCCAUAACUCCCCUGCUUCAUCUAGUCCCAGUCCUAAGGAACAGAGGACAACCAGACCCAAAGUGCACAUCCCCUCUUCCCAACAGGAGUCCCUCUCUACCCCAGAGGGCACAAAGCCUCUCAGCCCCUUUUCCCCUCUGGAGGGCCACCAGCCUGUAUCAGACUGGGGAGAGGAGAUGGAGAUGCUGUCCCCUAAAAGCAGCUUGGGUGAGAGUCCCCUGAGGCCUAGCAGUCAGGAAAGCAGUCCAGCUCAGAAUAAGAGCCAAGAGGAGGUGGAGCACACCAGUGAUGUCACGAACCCACCCGAACAGGCCGACAAACAGCAUGACACCCUGCCUGCAGCAGAGUCAACUGUUCCUGCAGUCGAGGAAGAAUCGCCAUCACACCAUGCAGAUUCCACCUCUAGCAGCAAUAACCCCUCAGAGUCUGCAGAGGAUUCAACCACACAGAAGGAGGAGAGUGCACUCCCUGCUGUAGAGCUGGAUUUGAAGCAAUCUACAAGUGAAAGUACAGCUUCAGAGUCCACAGAUCAGCCAUGCUCAGGCUAAAGAAUAACUGCAGUAAUUGCAGCACUUGUAGUAUUGCGAGAGUGGGAGGGGGGGAAAGUUAAGACGUGGUGAGAAGAGACAUCAGGACUAAUGGAUAUCCACUGGCUGAAAAUAUGGAGGAUGGCACGCCCUGUGAUGACUUAUCCCCACCUCCGAACAACUCCUUGUAUGGUUUUUGUGUUCUCUCAGCACGCAAACUAUUCUAGUGUUACAUGUGUUUUCAAAAUCUAGGACUGGAAUUUUACAGGGCUCUGCAAACCAUUUGUGACACUGUAAAGAUAAUGAAAUUUAUUAAGGCAAAAAAUAAAGAUACCUUAAGAGGAAAGAAGACUAGCUGUUUUACAUGACAUUUGGUAAGAGGUCACACCUUAUCCUAGUCACAAGAUACAUUUGCAAGCGGAAAUACAGUACUGUGCAAAAGUCGUAGGCACGUUAUUUUUAUUUUAUUUUAUUUAUUUUUUUAGUACAACCUUUAUUAUAGACUUUUAUGACUUCUACAUUAUGGAACCAGUUAAAAAAAACUUUAGUUUUCCAGCACAAAAUUAAAUGUUCCAGAAAAUUGUUUAUAUGUCUGUAAAGAAAGCAACAUAUUACAUAAGAGACACUUUUCAGGCAAAAACCUAAUGAAGGCUGCUGGAUUUUACCAUAAAAAUAAGAAGGAAGCACGACGAAGUGUCCAGAAGAACUGCAGCUGAUUCUGUAAGAUGCUCAGUUAAACUUAGAGCUCAGUUCCUUAUAUUAUAAAACUGCACUAGCUGUACCUGAGACUACUAUUUUUUUUUUUUUAAGCAAAGGGUCAUUAUACCAAACAUUUAACUUUUUUCAUGCAUUACUGCUUACUGAUCUUUUUUUUUUUUAAUGUAGAAACAUUUACCGUAAUUUCAUUAUUUUUGAAGCCAUCUUUGCUCUACAGCAUUUCAUUGCAUGUGCCUAAGACUUUUGCACUUUUGUGUAGUUGGAGGAAAUGCUACUUUCGCUUCAUGCUGCUUUAGUCCUCAAGGGUUAGUCAAUCAAGUGCAUGCUGUAGGUUGUGUAUGAUACCUAUGCAAAAAAAUAAAAAAUGGAAAGGGGCAUUAGGAUUAUCAAAGCUAUUUGUAAAAAUCUGGAUUUUCAUUUUAUUUUAAAAAUCAUGUUUAUGAUUAUAAUUUGCCUGCAAAACAAGGUGCUAGAUAUACUCAUUUAUAAUUUUUGACCCAAAGUGUAUGUAUUAUGACCAAAGAUGUUUCUUAGAAGGUGUUUUGUAGAUGACUUUGGGUCUGUUUGAUAAAUAAUGAACAUUUGAGGUAAGAAAGAAUGUGUAUCUCACUAGAACUCAUCUUGGUUUGGAUUUCUUGUUUUGAUCUCUUUUUUGUUUUUGUCUUGGAAUUUUUCAUGGUUUCUACCUUUUGGCAAAUUUAGUGGAAGUAUACAGAUUGCCAUGACGUUUUUACGAAAUGGUGUACAUUCCAAUGCUUUGUGUCCUCUUUCACUGUUUGCAUCGAGAACCCUUAUCUUAAAUUAAAAAUAAUAAUAAGUGCUCAUGGAGCAGCAAAAAUCGUGAAAUUUGUGAUUUGUGAUCUAUCUGCAAAUGGACCCUCAUGUUUAUUUGAUAAUUAGAUCUAGGUUUGCCUCUGUUGGUGUUUCAGCAGUGCACAUACUGGUAGUAUGAUGAAGUGUUUGUAGGAUUCAUCCCACAGUGAAACACUAUUGUAUCUCAGUUAUUUUAAGGAUGAUUAUGGAUUAAUGCUUUUGCCUUUUCAUUUCUCAUGUAAUUGAUGCAUUGUGUUAUUUACAUUGAAGUUUCUUUUUAAAUAAAUGUAUAUCUUUGCUUUAAA